AUGUUCGCGAACAUCCCGAAGGACGAGCGAGGGAAGGUCACCGCGCCGCAGCUCGCGUCGGCGAUCGAGAGGAACCAUUUUCUUCGCGCGCGGCUCGUCGAAAACGCAAAGAUCGACGCGUCGAAGUUUGACGAUUCAAAAGACGGCAACGCGUUCGUCGACCUCGCGGAGGCGCUCCUCGCGGUGAUCGACACGAACGCGAACGGCGAGAUCGAGCCGCACGAGCUCGAGCGAGUGAUCAGAGGGUGGGAGAAGGUGGAUUACACCCCGACGCAAACGUGGGAGACCGACCGCGCGCAUCAGCUGGCGGGCGCGGCGGAGAGAGCGCGCAUACGCGCGGAGAUGGCUGGCGGGUUCACAGGGCUCUCGCGCGAGGAAGCAUUACGCAUCGGCGAAUCCGCGCAGGACUUCCACGAGAAGUGGUUCACGAUGUUCGCAAACAUCGACGUGGACAAGGACGGGUCGAUCGACCGCGCGGAGCUGACCAAGGCGCUGGAGAAGAAUGAUUUCUUGCGCCGGACGAUUUGCAAAAACUUGGGGUUCUCGCCGAUGGAGUCGCGGCGGAGCAAGGCGAAGGAGCUGGGCGAGAAGCUCAUCGGGCUGAUGGACGACGACGGCAGCGGGAAGAUUGAACCGAUGGAGCUCGAGCGCGCGAUCAGAGGGUGGGCGAAGGUGGAUUGGAAGAAGACGAACACGGAGGAGAGCGACCGCGCGCAUCAGCUCGCGGGCGCGGCGGAGAGAGCGAGGAUCGAGGCGGAGCGCAGCGGCGGGUACGUCGGGUUAACGGACGCGGAGGAAGCGUUACGCAUCGGCGAAUCCGCGCAGGACUUCCACGAGAAGUGGUUCACGCUCUUCGCGAACCUCGACGUCGACAAGAGCGGCGCCGUGGACCGAAAAGAGCUCGCGAAGGCGCUGUCGACGAACGACUUUCUUCGCAACAAGCUCAUCGUCAACGCGAACCUGGUGGGCGACACCCCGGAGGCGCGCGAGGCUUUUCUUUACAACGCGACCGCGGCGACGAUCGACCCGUCCACGAUGCUCAUGCUCGCGGACGCGAUCAUUCAAAAGGUGGACGACGACGGCAGCGGGAAGGUGGAGCCGGCGGAGCUCGAGCGCGCCAUCAGAGGGUGGGUCAAAGUCGAUUACGCCAAGACGAACACGCACGAGAGCGACCGCGCGCAUCAACUGAAGGGCGCGGCGGAGAGAGCGAGGAUCGAGGCGGAGCGCAGCGGCGGGUACGUCGGGUUAACGGACGCGGAGGAAGCGUUACGCGUCGGCGACUCGAUGCAAGACUUCCACGAGAAGUGGUUCACGCUCUUCGCGAACCUCGACGUGGACAAAGACGGGUCCAUCGACAAGAACGAGCUCGCGAUCGCGCUCGGGAAGAACGACUUCCUGCGCAACAAACUCAUCCAGAACGCGAAGAUCGAUCACUACACGGACGACGCGAUGGACGACCUCGCGGAGAAGGUCCUCGCCGCGAUCGACGACGACGGCGACGGAACCGUCGGCCCCGCGGAGCUAGAACGCGCCAUCCGCGGGUGGAUGAAGACGGACUACACCCCGACGCAGACGGAAGCGUCCACGCGCGAGCACAUGCUCAAGGGCGCGGCGGAGCGCGCGAGGAUCGAGGCUGAGCUCAGCGGCGGGUAUUUCGGUUUGCUCGACCCCGAGGAAGCGCGACGGAUCGGCGAGAAGAUGCAGGAUUUCCACGAAAAGUGGUUCACGCUCUUCGCCAACGUCGACGUCGAUCGCGACGGGACGAUCAACGUCGCGGAGCUGUCGAAAGCGCUCGGGAUGAACGACUUCCUGCGGAAUAAGCUCAUCGAAAACGCGAAGAUCGAGACGUCGCCGUCGGAGACGAUGGAAACGCUCGCGGAGAAGGUGUUACGCGCCGUGGACGACGACGGCAGCGGGAAGAUUGAGCCGAGGGAGCUCGAACGCGCCAUUCGCGGCUGGACCAAGGUGGACUGGACGGCGAUCCAGACGUUCGAGAGCGACCGCGCGCAUCAGCUCGCGGGCGCGGCGGAGAGAGCGAGGAUCGAGGCGGAGCUCUCGGGCGGGUAUCUCGGUCUGUUGGACGCCGAGGAAGCGAAGGCGAUCGGCGACAAGAUGCAGGAUUUCCACGAGAAGUGGUUCACGCUCUUCGCGAACAUCGACGUGGACAAGAGCGGUUUCGUGGACGAGAAAGAGCUCGCCCGCGCGCUCGCGAUCAACGACUUCCUGCGCGUGAAACUAUGCGAGGGCGCGAAGAUCGAGACGUCCGCGGGCGGAGAGUCCAUGGAAGACCUCGCGGGGAAGCUUCUGCGCGCCGUCGACGACGACGGCGACGGGAAGAUUGAGCCGAGGGAGCUCGAACGCGCCAUUCGCGGCUGGACGAAGUUUGACUGGCGCGCGACGAACACGGAGGAGAGCGACCGCGCGCACCAGCUCGCGGGCGCGGCGGAGCGCGCCAAAAUCCGAAGGGACGAGAUCGGUGGAGGGUUCGCGGGGAUAACGGACGCGGAAGAGGCGUUACAAAUUGGCGACGCCGCGCGGGGGUUCAACGCGACGGAGCGCGCGCAGUUCGCCGACACCGAAGGCGCGUUCGCGGACGGCGCCGCGUUCGCGUUGAACCCAGAGCUGAAAGCGAAGCGGUCCGAGGCAGAAGCCGUGAUCAAGGCUGAGUUGAAAGAGGAAGGGAUGCUCAACAAGGUUGGCGAGGACUUCAAAGGAUUAGACGCGGACGAGGCGCUGAGAGUCGGCGAAAACGUCAAACUCGGCGGCGAGCUCUUGGAGUUUGAUUUUUAG